AUGCAGGUCCCCAGCCCCAGCAUGCGCGAGGCGGCUUCCAUGUAUGGUACGGCAGUGGCUGUCUUCCUGGUCAUCCUGGUGGCCGCGCUGCAGGGCUCGGCACCCCCCAAGAGUCCCUUCCCCUACCGAAUACCCCUGGACCCCAAGAAGUCCCUGGAACUCUCCUGGAAUGUCAGCUACACGCAGGAGACCGUCUACUUCCAGCUCCUGGUGCGGGAGUUCAAGGCUGGGGUCCUGUUUGGGAUGUCGGACCGUGGGGAGCUGGAGAACGCUGACUUGGUUGUGCUCUGGACGGAUGGGGUCAAGGACUAUUUUGGGGAUGCCUGGAGUGAUGAGCGGGGACAGAUCCACCUGGACCCCCAGCAGGAUUACCAGCUGCUGCAGGCGCAGAGGACCCCGGAAGGCCUGUGCCUGCUCUUCAAGAGGCCCUUUGGCACCUGUGACCCCAAGGAUUACUUCAUCGAGGACGGCACCGUCCACCUGGUGUACGGGAUCUUGGAGAAGCCUUUCCAGUCGCUGGAGGCCAUCAACAUGUCGGGGCUGCAGACCGGACUCCAGAGGGUGCAACUGCUGAAGCCCAACAUCUCCAUCCCGGCUUUGCCCUUGGACGUGCGCACCAUGGAGAUCCGCGCCCAGCACGCCCUGAUCCCUGACAAGGAGACCACGUACUGGUGUCACGUCACCGAGCUUCCGGCUGGCUUCUCCCGGCACCACAUCGUCAUGUACGAGCCCAUCAUCACCAAGGGCAACGAGGCCCUGGUCCAUCACAUGGAGGUCUUCCAGUGCGCCCCCCAGAUCGAGAGCGUCCCCCCAUUCAGCGGGCCCUGCGACUCCAAGAUGAAGCCUGACCGUCUCACGUACUGCCGCCACGUGCUGGCCGCCUGGGCCCUGGGUGCCAAGGCCUUUUACUACCCGGAGGAAGUAGGCCUUGCCUUUGGGGGCCCCGGGUCCUCCAGGUUUCUCCGUCUAGAAGUUCACUACCACAACCCAGAGAAGAUCCAAGGCCGGAACGACUCCUCGGGCAUCCGCCUGUAUUACACGGCCACGCUCCGGCGUUACGACGCGGGGAUCAUGGAGCUGGGGCUGGUGUACACGCCCGUGAUGGCCAUCCCCCCACGGGAGACGGCCUUUGUCCUUACCGGCUACUGCACGGACAAGUGCACCAACCUGACGCUGCCUCCCUCAGGGAUCCACAUCUUCGCCUCUCAGCUCCACACACACCUGACUGGGAGAAAGGUGGUCACCGUGCUGGCCCGGGAUGGCCGAGAGAAGGAGGUUGUGAACCGGGAUGACCACUACAGCCCUCACUUCCAGGAGAUCCGCAUGUUGAAGAAGAUCGUGUCUGUGCAGCGGGGGGACGUGCUCAUCACUUCCUGCACCUACGACACGGGGGACAAGAAGCUGGCCACUGUGGGGGGAUUUGGGGCGNACGAGGAGAUGUGCGUCAACUACGUGCACUACUACCCCCAGACACAGCUGGAACUGUGCAAGAGCAGCGUGGAGCCCGGCUUCCUGCAGAUGUACUUCCACACGGUGAACAGGUUCAGUGGGGAGGAAGUCUGCACCUGCCCUCAGGUGUCUGUCCCUGAGCGGUUUGCUUCGGUUCCCUGGAACUCCUUCAAUCGAGACAUGCUCAAGGCCCUGUACGGCUUCGCCCCCAUCUCCAUGCACUGCAACAAGUCUUCAGCCGUCAGCUUCGAGGGUGAAUGGAAUUGGCAGCCCCUGCCCAAGAUCAUCUCCAAGCUAGAAGAGCCCACCCCUCGGUGUCCAGCCAGCCGGGGUCAGAGCCCCGCCAACCCCACUGUGGUCAGCAUUGAUGGGAGCAAAAGUUGAGUGGGGGGCUGUCUCUCACUCCCCCCUCCAUGCUGUGGCUGUGGGCUCACACCAGCUCUGUGCACCCCCAUUCUGUGAAGACCCCUGCUGGAACAGCUCCGCAUGCCCAGGAUGAAUGGGCUGGGCCGAGCCACUGCCUGAGACCAUGGUCCAUUCUAGCCUUCGCCCCUCAAGGACCCCUUGCAUGACCGAGAGGGUCCCGUGAGAGUUCCCUGUCGACCUAUCCAGGACCGGGGAGACCCACGCCUUCCCCACACCCCCUUGGUGGUGCGCCAAGUCCGGUGCGCCCUCCCACCCUGCCCCCACCCCUGAAAGCCCUGACUGUUGUGCUGGGACAGGAGCCGUGCCUGGCUGGGGGGCAGACCCCCCAACCCGGGCCCCGCACCCCAGCCCUGUCGAUGGCGAUCUGUGUCGGUGUGCUGUGGAUACACACGCUACUUAGACAUUUCCCUGCAGAGUGGCUCGUUUGUCACAGUGGGCGUCUUCCCUGCCACCGGGGCAGGACCGCCAUUUAGCUAGUUAGGGAUUUGCCUGGGGAGACUGUUCCCUUGCAGGGUAAAUAGAUAUUUUCGCCCACCUAAAGGGAAACGCUAACAACUCUCGCCACCACCGAAAGAUGAGUCGGCAAAGACCCAGACGGGGAUCUGGGUGCCAGCUCCUUGGGGGAAGUGGAAUCAUCGGCCCUGGGGUUGCUUUCCUUGGCGGUGGGGGGACAAGCGGGUGAUGGACCCAGCUCCAGCCUCAGGCCUGCCUGAGAAGGGCUGUGUUCCGCCUCUUGCUGGAACACCCACCUCCCUGGCCUUCAGUUUUCUCAUCUAUCAAGUGGGCCUGUGCUGGCAGGGUGAAGGAGCCCCUAAAGCUGACACGUGGGCCGGUGCCCGGUGACGGCCAGCACAGGGCGGCACUGCCCCCAUGGGAGAAAGCCUUGGCUGAGCGUCCUUUCCACGGAGGCACUCUGCCCCAUGGCGGAGCUGGGACAUGCCUCAUGCUUCCCGGCUUGGCCUCCACCUUCUUCCCCUCUGAGCUGCCUCCCGUUUAAGGCCAAGUUUCGUUCCUUGAUGGUUUCUGUAGGGAGUAACAGAUGCGACUCUGUUCAGCCAGUUCAGCAAGAACGCUGCACAGCCUCCAGGGGAGCGAGAGGGUGAUAGAUGGCCUCCCGGUCCUCCCCCUCGGAAAGCGUCAGCUAAGCGGCUGC